AUGUCAGGGAGGAAAGAAACAGUCUUGGACCUGGCCAAGUUUGUGGACAAAGGUGUCCAAGUCAAGCUGACUGGUGGUAGACAAGUAACAGGGACUCUAAAAGGAUAUGACCAGUUGUUAAACCUUGUCCUAGACGAAGCAGUAGAGUUUCUAAGAGAUUCUGAUGAUCCAUUGAAGACUACAGACCAGACCAGGCGCCUUGGCCUAAUAGUUUGUAGGGGAACUGCUGUAAUGCUUGUGUCGCCAACAGAUGGUACAGAUGAGAUUGCAAACCCUUUUAGCCAGCCAGAUGGUGCCUAA